GUUGACGUCCACCCGCACAAUCCCCACGGCCAGUGCCAUUCGUUCGCACAAAUUCUCGCGCGCUGGUCGCAAGCAUUUUCGUUUCAUUUUGUUUUUUCGAUUCGUACAAUUUUCAUUCCGCGAAACAUUCAAACUCGCUUUGCCGGUCAAUUGUGGAAUUAGACACGUGAACGCGACCAACAGACGACGUCUGACCAAAACCCACCGCAGUGUCCAGCGAUCACCUGUUCCGCCUGUGAUACCCAACCGCCAGCCAAAAAGUCUUCCGAGUCGGGAUUAGCGCCCGCGGCCGCCUUGCAAAUGUUCUCACGGAUCUGGGGACGCCUCUCGAACGGAUUCGCGCUAAAUCUCACGGCGGCUUAUUUCCGCGCACAAAAACUACGCACAGUCGGUUUACACGGAUCUCACAGCUGCCCAGAACGAUUGAACUUAUCCAACAUGAAUGUGGUCAUCCUUCCUGCACUUCAAGACAACUACAUGUACUUGAUCAUAUGCUCCCAAACUCGUGAUGCCGCUAUCGUGGACCCGGUAGAUCCCGACAGUGUCCUGAAAGCAAUCGAAGAAGAGAAUUGCAAUCUUACAAAAGUUUUCACAACCCAUCACCACUGGGAUCACGCAGGUGGAAACGAGAAACUUGUUAAGAAAUUUCAGAAAGAACUGACCGUGUACGGAGGGGACGACCGCAUUGGUGCUCUUACAAAGAAAGUAGGACAAGGAGACAGACUGAAAAUCGGAAAUCUGGACGUUCUUUGCCUUUUCACGCCUUGUCACACAACCGGACAUAUCUGUUACUACGUCGAAUCUCCAAAUGGCGAAAGGGCCGUCUUCACCGGUGACACUUUAUUCCAAGGAGGAUGCGGACGAUUCUUCGAGGGCACUGCCGAACAAAUGUACUCUGCACUAUGUGAAAAACUUUCCAGUCUCCCGGACGAAACUCAAGUAUUUUGCGGUCACGAGUACACAUUGCAGAAUUUAGCCUUCGCUCGACACGUCGAACCUUUGAACAAAAAUAUCCUGGAUCGAAUUGAAUGGGCCAAGCAUCGACGAGCUGAGAACUCGCCAACCGUUCCAUCGUUGAUUCGUGAUGAGAAGUUGAUAAAUCCUUUUAUGCGUGUACAUGAGAAGAGUGUACAGAACCAUGCAGGGGAGACGGAUCCAAUCCGGACAAUGGGUGCUUUGAGGAAGGAGAAAGAUACAUUCAAGGCGUGAAUUCAGGGUGGUCUGGGCAAGUUGAAAUUGUAACUUGGGGGUUUUGUGAUUAAGUCUGCAACUGCGUCUUGUUGUUGAGAUAAUAAUCAAAAGAAUUGAUUGUAUUCCUAUUGCCUUCAAAUUUAUUCUGUGUUUUUUUUAUUUGUGGAUUCUGUUCAAUCUUCGUUCUAUUCUAAAACAAAAGGGAACAUACAAGGUAAACAUGAUACUGUAAAAAAAUGAUUGUGUUAAGUGUUAGAAAUAAAAUUAUGUUGGAAAUCAAA